UAAUAAAAGAGUGAUCUUUAAUUUUAUUUUCUCUGGAGAAUUUCUCGAUAAAUUUCAACGAUAUAGAAAACAAUAAGUUAAAAAGUCACGAAAGUGGAAAUAAAUAUAUCUCAAAGUUAAGAUCUUCCAUGGAUAACAUGGAUUUAGAUUUCAAUAGUUAGUUCUAUAGUAGCUACACGCAAAGCACGAGCAAAAUGAAAACACGACCCUAAUCGUCGAAGUGAUCAUUCAAUGACAUCUUAACUUCGUGUGAAAAAUAACUAAUCGAUUUCUCAUGGAAGAUGGCAUGUUAAAUGAGACUUAAUAGGAAAGUUCUCCGAUUGUACGGUUAUAAUUUAUUUUCAUCGCCUGUUAAAGAAUUCUCUUUUCUUAAUUCGUUACGCACGAAGUGUCAGGGCUGAAUCUUUACGCUUGAAAGAGGAUAAUAAGAUCUCAUUUCGUACGAAAGUAAAUUUAUCACGGAAUGUCUCCGUUCAACGGACGAUGAUAACACUUUACGUUUUCAAAAUAUUCCCAAGGAUUUCAAUAUAGUAAUCACUUAUUUGAAUCUUUGUGAAUCUUCUGAUCUUUCAAUAUCUUUCGAUAUCAUUUUUCCAAUGGAGGAAUCACGGGCAACGAAAACAAAUGAGCACGCACUUACUAUAUCCGAUUCUGUGUCUGAUACUAGUACAAGUAUGACACCAACAGCAUCAUUUUCAGGCAAACAGCAAUACGAUGCGAUUCCAAAGAAGUCGACUUAUUUGAGAGACAGAGAGAGGAUCAUUUAUCCAAGAAACACGAGGACCUUGCCGAAAAUAGUUGUAGCUGAUGGAACGCCAAUAGAUGAGAAAACUUGUAUGAUGUUGAGAACGUUAGUAUUUGGUAGUUGUGCUUGUCCACCGAAGGCAGAAUGGGCUAGAACUGGUUUGACGUUAAGACCUUACGGUCAGAAUUUAGCUUUUGGAUUAAGAGCACCUAGGAACACGACUAGAGGUCUCAUUACGGCCGUUCAAGCGAUCAUGUUGAAGAAUUUUUUAUUUAAGUGUAACGUGCAGGACAGUCGUAUUGGUCCCGAUAUCUUGCUGAAGCCUUCAUAUGACAGACAAGUGGAAGUCCUAUGUCUGGCGAUAUCUGAAAUAAUUUGGCGUUGCGCCGGUGGCUUCGUUGCACACAAUCAGAACAGCAGUUGCAUCGCAAGUAGCAACUUCGAUAUAAAAAGUGUCAGUGUGCCAAAGGCGAUAGUGGCAUUACCACAAAAGAUACCUUAUCUGCAACAUAGCGUGCAGUAUUUUCAGGAUGGUUUGACGGAAACGUUACAUUUAUUUGAGUUCAUCUCAAUAGAAGAUCUUCAAAUAUUCAUCAAAAGGUACUUAUACUUGUUUCAGGAUGAAGGAGGACCAGGAGCAAAGUUAUUGCUUUACAGUGCUGUUUUAUCCAGAGGUCUAGCGAAAGUUCAAAGCGACCUGGAAGAUCAGAAAGCUUCUAUACUAAGCGGAUGUCCUGAGGAGGGACCGAUCAGUGUUGUGGUCUUUAUGUUGACUGGGCGUGCGUCUCCUCAUCUUCAUAACGGAAUUAUUCAUAUUGGAGAUGAGAAUACUUAUGCUGUUCCACAAUGGGGUAUUCUCAUGAGAAGCGAAGUAGGUCUUCUAGUUCACGAGGGUGAUGGUCAAACGAGCAAGGUACCUGGCUCGCGACUGAAAACUCCCAGCUUACCGAUAUGGGUUACAUUAUGUCACGGUCAUCAUGGUGUUCUCUUUAAUACGAACAAGGAAUUAUUAAGGAAUUAUCAUGCAGAAAGAAGAUUCGAAGUGCAGUAUUUCGCUUGUGGUGGAAGUCACGCCACAUUGACCGUGGAUACGAGGACGAACGAGAGCGCAUCGGGUGUAGAAUCCACCAGCAAGGAAUCCGUCGACAUUGCUGCUACACCAUUGGAAAAACUUAUUCGUUCCAAAUGGCAGGAUGCACAAAUACAAUGGAACGGAGCACCAUUGAUGUAAGAUCACCACUUAUAAACAUAAAGUUAGUCUUGGCUUAAUUUGAGGUAAGUAAAUUUUGACUUGAAAUAUUAAUAUUUUCGUAUUAGGUUUUUGGAGAAACGACAACAUGGAAUCUAUUUCGUGAUGCCAAAAUUUGAAUAUGAUAGAUGGAAAUUAUACGAGAAGAAGAAAUUGUUGAAUUCUUCGCAGUAAGUUUAUUUUAUUAGAUCAUAUAAGGAAUUAUCAAUUAAAUUAUAUACUCAAUUGUAAGAACAGAAUAAUAAUGAUGACAUUGCAUUACAUUAGAAUAAUAUAACAAAUAUUACACUAAUUUCAGAGUUAUAAGAUUUAACGAAAUACAUGAUUAGGACUUUAUUUUACAACAGGAUUACCUGUGAAUGUAAUGAUAGUUGGUAUUAUAACGAUACUAUUAUACUCUAUUAGCACAUUAAUGUAACCUGUAUAUGUAUUUAAUAACAUAUUGUAACAUAGUAUUAGCAACUGUAUUUUGAUCUAUGUGUGUU